CAGGGGGCUCCUGGUUGCUGCCACAGGUGCUGUGAGUGCGGGGCCUCCCUGUCCCACCAGUACUACGAGAAGGAUGGGCGCCUGUACUGCAAGAAGGAUUACUGGGCACGCUUUGGGGAGCUGUGCCAUGGCUGCUCCGAGCAGAUCACCAAGGGGCUGGUCAUGGUGGCCGGGGAGCAGAAGUACCACCCCGAGUGCUUCAGCUGCCUCAACUGCCACGCCUUCAUCGGGGACGGGGACACCUACGCGCUGGUGGAGCGCUCCAAGCUCUACUGCGGCCACUGCUACUACCAGAUGGUGGUGACCCCGGUGAUCGAGCAGAUCCUGCCCGACUCGCCGGCCUCCCGCAUCCCUCACACCGUCACCCUCGUGUCCAUCCCCGCCUGCUCCGACGGCAAGCGCGGCUUCUCCGUCUCCAUCGACCAGGGCUGCGGCAGCGAGCAUCCCCGCACCGUGCGCGUCCGAGAGGUGGACCCGGACUGCAUCAGCCCUGACAUGAAGAACUCCAUCCACGUUGGUGACCGCAUCCUGGAGAUCAACGGGACCCCCAUCGGCCACGUC